AUGCUCCCCCCGCUCAGAUGCACGCGCCUCCUGCACUCCCUUGUAUGCGUUUUCGCCGCCACCCGGGCGCCUCGCCCCAGCAGGCUGGCCAUUUGGAUUUUGUGUGCAUGGUGGCGGAUAAUCAACCAGGAGGCAGUGCAGAGCAUGGUUUGCUCGUGCCCCUACGUGGGAACUGAAUGGAUUUCUUCUGAGGCCGCCUGCGUAAGGUGGAAUCAUACGACUAAGAAGUAUUCUAACAUUCCACUCGUGAAGGCACAGUGGCGGACAUGGAGACCAGACCGCGUGAAUUCUGCAGCGCACUUGAUGAAAAAGUGA